AUGUUACAAAGAGAUUUUUCAGAUAUGACUGAAGAUCUAGAUAUGUCAUUGAAAAAUGUUCAUUUAAUAACGUUUGAUGUUCAUAAUGUUCUUUUAAAAGUGAAAAAUGGUGCACCAUAUCAUUAUUGUAAAAUAGCCAAAGAACAACUUAACAUUAACGCUGAUGAAUCAAUAGUCAAACAACGAUUUGUACAAGCAUUUCGUCAAUAUAACAAUGAAUAUCCUGGCUAUGGUAUUCGACAUAAUAUAUCAAGUCGACAAUGGUGGUCAUUGAUUUUUAAACAGUCAUUUCAAGAUUACAACUUAUCACAUGAUAUUGAAACAAAAUUAAGUCGUUUACUCUAUGAUAAAUUUGCUGAACCACAUUUUUGGUUAAAAGAUCCUUCUGCCGAUGAUGUACUUAAUAAACUGAAAACAACGUAUCGUCUAGGAAUUAUAUCGAAUUUUGAUGAACGUCUAAUACCAUUACUUCAAAGUUUUAAUUUAUAUAAUCAAUUUUCGUUUGUGUUAUCACCAUUAACAUGUGGAUAUUAUAAACCAGAAAAAGAUAUAUUUAAUCUUGCAGCAUUAAAAGGUGAAUGUAAAACAAAUGAACAAAUGUGUCAUGUGGGAGAUGAUUAUGAAUUGGAUUAUUUAGCUGCAAAAAAUGCCAAUUGUAAAACAAUUAUUCUUACAAAAAAUGAACAAGAAAAAAAUGAAUUAAUUAAAUUACAUCAAAUUGAAAAUUCUCCAAUAAUUACUAGUCUAAAUGAUUUAUUACCCAUAUUUUUGUAG